UCCGACUCUCGUGGGGAUGUUGGUGAUGAUGGUCAGUCCCUUGAAAUGACAGAGGAAAGGAUCGAUUACCUUCUUAAUAAAUGGUAAGUCCAUUCAAGCAUGCACAGUUCAACCCCAGAAAACAGUAAACAGUUUCCUUGUCAGCCUAUGCUUUUGGUCAUCAAUAAAGCAUUGUGUGUGUGUGUGUGUGUCAGGCCUAACCUCGCUCCCCUGUUGGAGAGGGUGAAGAACAGAAGCACUGCGUUGUCUGUCCCCAACCAGAGCCCAAUGGAGAGAUUCCUUAAACGUCACCUCAGCGUUACACAGCUAUGUGAGCAGUCUUGGUGUGAGAUCAAAAUGGCCUAUGGGUUCUUAAAGCCUAAAGUAAGGAUGAUGGAGAUGCAUAAGUGACAAGUGGGGCCAGUAUUCAUCUCGCCAGAGGUAAGCAACACGUUGCGUUUAUGAUGUGAUUCCAUAUCUCCUCCCAUACGACUAAUGUGCCCUAGAUUAGAAAAUAAGGUUAUAUUACCAUAACCAUACUGAACUAGGCCUACCUCAUGAGCCAAUGCAUUGGCACAUAGAGGUAGGCCUAGGGGAAGAGCAUUGGCACAUAUAAUACUUUAAUGUUAGUAAUUUUGUAACAUACACAUUCAUCCACAGGGAUUUAUGCUAUCGUUGAUCUUUGCUUUCCUUAUGGAUGUUAUGGAGGUAACUAGUUAUUACCCAUGUCCUGACCUUGUAUCUCUGUGUCUAGAACUGGAGGUGAAACCAGAUGUUGUGAGUGUGGCUGCUGUCACCAGUGAGGACAGGGAGGCUCUGAAGCUCAUCAACAUGCUACAGAUGGUCCCAGCUUUAGAGGCAGGUAUGGUGGUACAUUACUUUUAUUUAUUUAUCCCUUAUUUUACCAGGUAAGUCGACUGAGAACACAUUCUCAUUUACAGCAAUGACCUGGGGAAUAGUUACAGGGGAGAGGAGGGGGGAUGAAUGAGCCAAUUGGAAGCUGGGGAUGCUUAGGUUACAUUACAUAUCCAUGUUUUUUCAGAAUUCCUGACUAUCGGCCCAAUCUUGAGCGCUCUAAAGAGGGAAAUGUAAAAUAACAUUACCACUGGAGACCGCCAUCACAGAGUUGUGUGUGUGUGUGUCCCAGGACAGCUUGUGCGGGAGUUCCCAGUGUUUGGUGUGUUGGAAGGGAUGUUCUUCAUGGGUGUGAUUGAUGAGCUGCAUCGUAGUGACUCUGGGGAACUGAAAAUAAAAAUAAAAUACUGGUCCUGAGUGAACUGAAGACCCACAGUCACAACUCUCUGCCCCGCCCAGCCCAGACCAAGGGACACUCUCUACAGGUACACUACAGACAGUCAGACACUCUCUUAUCUUUCUCUCUGACCUCUCUGAUCUUUCUCUUAAGUCUCCCCUCACUUUCUGGUCUCUGACCUUUCUUUCUAACCUCUCUCUGAGCCCUCCUUUAUUUCUCCAUGUGGAAUCUGACCACUAUCUAUAUGAUCUAUUUCUUUGAUCCAUCUCUCUCUCUAUGACCUGUACCUCAUCCUCUCUCUCUCUCUCUCUCGCUGUCUCUCUCUCACUGUCUCUCUCUCUCUCGCUGUCUCUCUCUCACUCUCUCUCUCGCUGUCUCUCUCUCACUGUCUCUCACUCUCUCUCUCGCUGUCUCUCUCUCGCUGUCUCUCACUGUCUCUCUCUCGCUGUCUCUCUCACUGUCUCUCAGGUGGGUAUGUACAAGCUCUUGUUUGACUCCAUGGUCAAGGGUUCUGUGAAGAGGGACCAUCUCCUCCACAACCUUCAGCUGAAUCCUAAUCAGGUCCUUGGAUCAGACCUCCAGACCCACACCCAGACACUGGGCCUCCAGGCAGUCACGUUCAGAGAGCUCCUGGACCACCUACUGGUCGUCCUUACCUGUUCUAACCUCUAUGCUAUCGACAAGCUACGCCUGGAGUAUAGCCACCAGCGCUCCGGAAAGCUCAUUGGCACCAGGGAGGUAGUGUUUGAGGAAGCCCAGCUUAGGGCUAAUAUCAAAGGCUACCUGGCCUACUGGAGGGGCGAGAGGGUGCCCCAGGGACUGGAAGUGGAGGAGGCCUGGAAGUGCAGGAUGUGUCCCUACGAGGAGACCUGUGACUGA